UUCGUGCUUCGGCAUACCGCUUCUCUAACUUUUAAAUGGACAAUACAUUCAGAUUUAUAUUUAAAAUUUAAAUAAUUAAUUAAUCAAGUACGGUUAAUUCAUCUAUUAUCGUGAAUCUAUAAUGGAGGGAGAUAUUGAAGUAAUAGAAAAAGCCAUUCAAAAUCUUGAAGCUAUUGGGGAAAAGGAUGAAGAUUUGUCACAUCAAGACCUGUAUAAAAAUUGGGGAAAAUAUGGAUCUCAAGAGGAACGACGCAAAGAACUCUUAGAAACCCAAAAAAGCAACAGACAGAAUAAAGUUGAUAAAUUAAGAGGACUUAUUAACGUUGUGGAACAAGAAAAAAUAUUUAAACCAAAUAAUAAAGUGUCUUACAGACCAAAUAUUUAUGUAGCUGGAUUUCAUAAAACACCUCAAACAUAUAGUAAUGUUUUAAUGCUAUCUGAAUGGCUGAUCGAGAAACCCUCAGACUUUGAAACAAAUUGGUAUAUUGCCCCUUGCCCUAAAGCGAUGAGAUUGCUUGUCAUAGCUUUUCAUGGUAACACUAAGUGCUUUACCAAGUAUGGUCAUUUUAAAUUUGAAUGUUGCACGUCGCUGCCGGGUGGUAAUCCCAAAUCAAGUGGAAAUUGUGUGUUGGAUUGCUUUUAUGAUAAAGAAUCAAAUACAAUGUAUGUGUUAGAUUUACUAGCUUGGAAUAAUCAACCUAUGACAGAUGGAGAGACAGAAUUUCGACAAUUUUGGAUGCAAACUCACUUAAAUGAUAUAUCAGCUAUAAAAAAAAUAUCUAAUUUUAACAAAGUCAUCUUCAAAUUAUUACCAAUGAUACCAUGUACAAAGGAAAACUUAAAUAAUUUGUUCUCAAAGUUCCCGCCUUGUGAUGAUCUAGAUUUCCCAGCAUUAGAUGGAUUGUUAUUUUACCACAGACAAGCACAUUAUUUUGCUGGCCAGACACCAUUAGUUGGUUGGCUCUUUCCUUAUAUGAUCAAUGAAGUUCUUGGCCAAGAUAUCACAGUGAGAUCAGAGUAUUUAGCUGGAACACCUGAAGAUUAUACAAACCAAACUGAUUUUAUAUCAACUUUUGAAGAGAAAUUGAAACAGAGAAAUAGAAGGAGUAGAAACAAUAGCUCUAUGGAGACUGAAAAUGUGGAAAGUGAAGAAAACAGAAAGUGACAAGAAAUUGGACAGCAUGGAGUUGGAAAUUACGAGAAUAGAUCCUUUGGAAAACAAGUGAGGCAAAUUACAACUCGGUCAAAUUAAAAUAAUUACUUAUUACGUUAUAUUACGUUUUAACGUAUUUUUAUUGUUUUGACAACAAAAUUUAAUAUCAGAUGUUAAUACUACACGUAAUUUUUAUUAAGUUAUGUGGGCACCAUAUGUGAUAUAACUUCUACGACAUGUAUUUCCUAUCUUAAAGUUCUGGAUAUCAUCCCAAAAUAAUGGUUUUGCUGGGUAUCGAAGACUUCAUGCGACUGAAUUCAUUACAAAUAUAAUGCUCAUGUUUAUCGAUUUGGAAUUCAUCGCUUAUUAUCUGUAUUUUAAAUUGUUUUUUUUAAACGGGCUGGGUCCACUUUAUAUCGCCGUUCACGAUUCGCUCGCUGUCGAAUCUCGGUAUUAUUGAAUGAAAAACAAUAUGUGCAUUCAUUCACCAGUCAGAUUCGUAUCAGUUAAGUUCCGGUCGAAUCCAAAUGAUUUACGAAGAAUAUUACACCAGACCGAGAAUGAACCAUGAACGGCAUUAUCCAUCUUUAAUAUUUUGUGUUUUCCAUCAAACCAAUGAAUAGACAAAAAAACAUUUUUUUUUGUAACGAAAAAUAUUUAGAUAAUAUUGUACAUUUUGUAAUGCAUUUGGAUCUGGUGAAUAAUGUUAUGUUAUUUUACAUUAAAUGGUAAUAUAGGCGUU